UUGUUGGAAGCCAAUUUUUCCACGAUUCUAAAUUAAUUAUUUACUAUGAUGAGCAGAAAUAAAUAGCAUAAAUGACUUACAAAAUAACACCUCAACAACGAAAGCAUUAACGAAAAUAAAGAAUAAAGCGGAUAAUCGCCAAGCAUUCCUAAUAAAGAAAUUAUUGUGGUCUUGAUUUUGUUGCCAAGCAGUGAUUUGGAAAAUUGAUAAAGCAGCAGUAUAUUUUAAAAGAACUUAUUAGUAACCAAUAAGUAUCAGAGUUUUAAAGCAAGUUACCAAAAGUGAUACGCAAAAAUGGACACCAGUUGGGGCAUACAUGAUGACAUGAAUCUAUACAUAACGCCGGAGCGUUUCGUUGUUGAACCGAAUGGCAAAGAUGAGCUGCUGGUGAUUGAUCGCGUUGCGAAUACAGUGCGUGUUCAAAGUAAAACCAACCAACUUAACAACCAAGUGCCCACACGACGUGUCUGUGGUAUUCUAGGCACAAUACAACUGCUAGGUGGUCACUAUCUAAUUGUGGCAACUCAUCGCCUUUACGUGGGCAUGCUGAAUGGAGCUAUAAUAUGGCGUUUGGCUGGUUACGAUAUCAUACCCUACAUUCCGACCAUUACACAUUUGCGUCCCAAGCAAAGAGAGCAAAAUGAAGCUUACCUAAGCAUGUUGCGGCAAACAUUGGAUACACGAUUUUUCUACUUCUCGUACUGGUACGAUUUAACGCAUUCGCUGCAACGACUCCAUGGCAUGCCACCAGAUUUUAUGAAGAAUGGAUUGUUCGAACGCGCCGAUGAACGCUUCGUUUGGAAUGGCGCACUUCUACGCAACUUCAAUUGUCCAGAAAUGCGUAAAUUCGCACUACCAAUUAUUUUAGGCUUUGUUUCCAUCAACCAAGUACAAGUGAAUGGCCAAACAUUCUUUUGGUCAAUCAUUUCACGCCGCUCCAUACAUCGUGCUGGCACACGCUUCUUUGCACGUGGCAUUGAUGAGGCAGGCAACGUAGCUAAUUUUGUCGAAACGGAACAGAUUAUCGAAUAUAAUGGACAGCGCAUCUCCUUCGUGCAGACCCGGGGUAGUAUGCCCUUCUAUUGGCGCCAACUGCCAAACCUACGCUACAAGCCCGAUCCGGAGCUAGUGCCUGGCAAGGAUCACUUGGGAGCAUGCAGUAAACACUUUGAAUCACAAGUUAUGCUGUAUGGCCGCCAAAUAAUAUUAAACUUGGUGGAUCAGAAACGCGCAGAAGGUAUUCUGGAACGUGCAUUCCGCACAUUUGUGCAGCAAAUUAAUAAUCCGAAUGUACGCUAUGAAGCCUUUGACUUCCAUGCUGAAUGCAAAAAAAUGCGUUGGGAUCGUUUGCAAAUUCUAAUCGAUCGCGUCGCUCAUGAGCAGGACGAGUUCUCAGUUUUCCAUCUACGUGAAGAUGGUAGUUUGGUAACAGCACAGGAUGGCGUAUUUCGCACAAACUGCAUUGAUUGCUUAGACCGUACCAAUGUUGUGCAAAGUAUGUUGGCCAAGCGAUCGCUAAAUGCUGUGCUACAAAAGCUGGGUAUUUUACAAACCGGUCAAUUAGUAGAGCGUGCUGCGCCCAACUUCGAAUAUAUUUUUAAAGGGGUUUGGGCUGAUAAUGCUGAUGUAAUUUCUCUGCAAUAUUCCGGGACCGGCGCUCUGAAAACGGAUUUCACACGCACAGGAAAACGUACAAAAGCCGGUCUUAUGCAGGAUGGUGUUAAUUCGGCAACACGCUAUUAUCUCAAUAAUUUUUCUGAUGGAAGCAGACAGGAUGGUUUUGAUUUAUUCUUGGGCAAGUAUAUUGUGAAACCGGAUGAAGGUAAUUUACUGCCAUCGCCUUUGGUGGUUACGCGCACAUGGCGUUACAAUACGAUUCCUUCCGUUUUGCUGUUUGCCAUCGCUAUGCUCUUUAUCACGGCCAUAUUUCCGUCAGAAUUUAAUACGGAAAGUUUAUUAUUCCUUUUGUUCUGGGGAACAAUUGUUGGUGUGGGUACUGCUGGCAUAUUGCAUUACGGUGUGGAGUUCGUCGACUGGCCACGUUUACAUCCGCCAAUCAAAAUUGAAGCCUAGCAAAUAUGGGAACGGCGUUAUUAUGUGCGUUUAGAUGAAAAGUAAAGAUUAAAUAAAUUUCGCACUGACGCCGCGAGCAACACUUGAUUAACGUAUGUAUGCACAGCAGUGAAUUUAGUUGAAUAAUUCUGCAGCAUUUCACACUAGUGUUCAUCUUAAAAUUCCUUGCUUGUUUAUAGCCAAUUUUGUGUUAUGUUAUUCUGUAAGGAUAUUCGUCAGGUUUAUGAUAAAGAUAUAAAAUACAAUUUUUAAUUAACGCAAAAGCAAAAACCCAUGAAAUGACGCGAAAAUAAACAAUUACAUUUACUUAUAAAUGUAACAAAAUUCUUUGUGAAAUACGUAACGGUUAUUCAAUAAAUAAUCCAAAAUCCAACGAAGUAAA